AUGGAAAAUCACGCCUCCAAAUCCGUAGCAGUUACAACCCUCACACUCCUCACACUAAUCUACUCCGCCUCCGCCUCCGCCUCCGCCGGCGGCGGCAGCACACAGUUCAUACGGACGUCGUGCUCCGCCACCACCUACCCGGCCCUCUGCUACUCUACCCUCUCCAGCCACGCCAGCGCCGUCCAGCGGAGCCCCAAACUCCUAGCCCAUGCGGCCCUCUCCGUCAGCCUCGACACAGCCCGGGCCACGUACGUUGACAUGGUCAGGAUCUCCCGACGGGCUGGGCUGACGGCCCGAGAAUCCGGGGCCAUGGCGGACUGCGUGGAGUUGCUGGGGGACACCGUGGACCAGAUCCGGAAGUCCCUGGCGGAGAUGAACGGGUUCAGGGGCGGGCCGGGCUUUGAGGCCAUGGUGAGCGACGUGCAGACGUGGGUGAGCGCCGCCUUGACCGACGACGAGACGUGCACGGACGGGUUCUCCGGAGCAUCCAUGAACGGCGCCGUCAAGAUGGCGGUUCGGGAGCGGAUAGUGAAUGCGGCCCAUUUCAUACGGACGUCGUGCUCCGCCACCACCUACCCGGCCCUCUGCUACUCUACCCUCUCCAGCCACGCCAGCGCCGUCCAGCGGAGCCCCCAACUCCUGGCCCACGCGGCCCUCUCCGUCAGCCUCGACACGGCCCGAGCCACGUCCGUCGACAUGGUCAGGAUCUCCCGACGGGCCGGGCUGACGGGCCGAGAGUCCGGGGCCAUGGCGGACUGCGUGGAGUUGCUUGGCGACACCGUGGACCAGAUCCGGAAGUCCCUGGCGGAGAUGAACGGGUUCAGGGACGGGCCGGGCUUUGAGGCCAUGGUGAGCGACGUGCAGACGUGGGUGAGCGCCGCCUUGACCGACGAGGAGACGUGCACGGACGGGUUCGCCGGGGCGUCCAUGAACGGCGCCGUCAAGGUGGCGGUUCGCGAGCGGAUCGUGAAUGCGGCCCAUGUGACGAGCAACGCGUUGGCUCUCAUCAAUAGCUACGCGGCCGUUCAUGGUUAA